UCUAAAUACCACCGAUCAACUUCUCUUUCUCUCCCUCUCGGUUUCACGUUAGCAAAAGAUGGCAGAGAAACAGUUUGCCGAAGAAGCAGAUGUCAAGAUCAGAGCUGCUGCUGCGGCUUCAGAUCUUGAACAUAUGGCUGCUGAGUCAUCCGUGGUUCCAGACUUCGAGAGAGGGAGGUUCUACGACGUGUAUUCGGCUAGGAGGAACGAGCGGUUGAAAAGGAAGAAAGGAGGAGAAGAAGAAGAUGCUGUAGUCAAAGGAACUCUGUACAAUCUCGGAGUGGAUCCCAUGCCGACCAAGAGAAGAGGAACCUUUAAGAAGAAGAAGGCGAUGGUUGAGACAACAACAACGCCGAGGUAUUCUCUGAGGAGCACAGUUACCAAAGAUAACAAGAAGCCUCUGAGUGUCGCUGUAAGUACUAUGAAAGCUGUCAGCAGCACCAGGAGGGUUAUGAGUAUCUGAUCCAACUGCUUCUACUCUUUGAUUUUGCUUUGCUUUGCUUUUGUGAUUCUGUUAGGAAAUCGAAGUUUGGGGUUUUGAUUUCCUUCUAUCUAAUAUUUGCAGUAUUGUUCUGCUGUCGGGAUGUCGACAUAAAUAAACCCAUGAAACUUUGUUUGUUUUGUUUAUUAUCUAUUACCCAUACAUUCUGAUACGCUUUAUCUAUCAAAUGCGUAUCUUUUUGCUUCAGUAAAAAUAAUACUGUUGUUGUGUGUUUCAA